AGAGUUUUGCUGAUCCAACUGGUCACAUGAGUCCGCUUGUAUCAAGAUGUAAACACACGUGAUUUCUAAAAAUAUGUAAACUUACACAUUGGCGGUGUUUUUGAAGUGACAGUGUCACUAUCAGCAGACGACUGAACAAACAUGGCAUGGUCAGGUCACUCAGGAUCCCAGUUCCAGCAGUUUAAAAACACCUCGACCACAAGAGGAAAUAAGUUUCAACAGCAGCAGCGGAGUAUAUCAGGAAGCAACAACCAAUUCAAUGUUAAACAUUUACAACAAGCUGGAGCCAUUGUGAAAAUUGAAGAUGUCAAUCAGUCUUCAUCAAACAUUAGUGUUGUUGGAAUUAUAAUAGCUAAAGAGUCACCCAAGUCUAUUAUCUCAAGGAAAAACCCCGGGACAGAGCGGCACCUAGUGAGCUUUGUUAUAAGGGAUUCUCCGAUGGGAUUUGUAUCUGUUACAUGCUGGGGAUCAGAAGCCUACAUAGCAGGAAUAUCAAACUGUCACCACACUGGGGAUAUUGUUCAACUGUCCAACUUUCAAGUAUUGCUAAAACCUACUGAUGGAAGUGAAGAGAAAUUCAGACCUUAUACUCCAUUGCCGUUCAGCUUCUCCCUGAGUGAGAACCAUUCCUCCAUCACAGCUUACACGGGGUACGAUGUGGAGGAUUGCCAGGCCCUCCUUCACCUCCCCACAAAGGCCAGCAAUGAUUACUACAGUCUGGAGGACAUAGUGGCCAAUGGUCAGGCUCUUCAUGGGGAACAUAUCAACAUUCUGGCCAUUCUUAAAAAGGUUGGGGAGGUGAAGGACAUUACAACAAAAACAGGCAGACAGACUCAGAGAUGUGAAUUGACCCUGAUGGAUGAGGGCUUGUCAAGCUUUCCUUUUGUCAUAUGGGACAAAGAGGCUGCCUCUACGGCUUCUACAUGGACACCAUAUAACACAGUGUUGUACGUGGCAGAUGCCCGCAUGUCCUUUGACAGCUACAGAUCCUGUAUGGUAGCUACCUCUGAUUCUAGGACAGUCUUUACAGUUAACCCAGACACCCAGGAGGCCCACAGUCUGUAUCAGUACGCUCAGAGCUGUGACAUCACAGAGGAACCAGAUGAUACUAGGGCUGAUCCACCCUUGGAGAAGAUAACAGACAAGUUUACUGUAUCUGAUGUGAAGAGUGUGAUGUCUGACUUACAGAGCCAGUGGAAACCUACUGUGUACGGUGUAAGCUGUCUUUUCCUGUCCCAGUUCAACACAGACAAAGAGGACCCUAACUCAGUCAUAACCUACAGAUGUAAGAAAUGUAAGCAUCCUAUAACAGAGGCAAAUGGCUACAUAUGUUCUAAUGUUGAGUGUUGUAACAGUGCCCUGAACUUGUUUGAUAUAAGCAAUGCCCCUGUACUUGGAGAAGCUGACUUGGAGUAUAGGAUCCCUGUCUGUCUGUCUGACCACACUGGUACCCUGGAGAUGUGUUAUUUGUACGGCAAUGUAGCAGAGCACCUCAUAGGGGUCAAGGUGGAGAAUUACCUCAAAUUAGAUUUGGAAAACAAGACAAAGGUCAAGUGGAGGUUUCUUUUAGAAAGAUGUAAAGUCUACUUUAAGGUAUACAGAAGCAGUAAGGAUGGAGGAAAGGCUGUUUUACAGAUCAUGUCCUGUUCUUUAGCACAUCCUGAGGACAUCUACAACUUGGCAUAAAUAACAAGCAUCUGACAUCAUGUGUUGUCACAGAAGCUGAUCAUCAGAAGACUUGAUUCAUUCUGCAAUAGAAGCUGUACACUCAACCAUAAAACACAAGAGUUAAAACACAAUACAUGCUGCGCAGAAUCCAGGUUGUGGACACUAGCUGUGAUAUGUUUCACAGAACACUUAAAUGUGGUAUUUAAUGUGGGGGGACAGGAUCCAAUGUUUUUUUUCGUAAUGACUUGAGAGUUUAGGAGGUACAAAGUUUGUUACUAUUUUCUUGUUUUGUAUCAGUAACAACAGAACUCGUCUCAUUAUUAUAUACACUGUAUUAUGUACAUGACUGUACAUCUCUUUUAUGUACAAUAUUUUAAAAGGACUGUUUCCACAUUAUAUUGAUACUCUGUUUAAAUGUCUUUUUAUUGCUCAGGAAGCAGCUGAACUGUAGUUCAACAAAUUCUUUUAUCUAAAUGUAUACCUACAUUCAUAAUUGUUGUGAGGCUAUAAUCUUCACCAAAAAACAAUAGGUAAAAAAAGCAAAAUUGUGAUAUUUCUUUUUCUUUUAUUUGAUAUUCUUAAUAUGUGAUCACAAAUUAAAAAGAUAACCAGAAUUAAUCCUAACAAAGCAUUAAAAGCAGGAAGCUGUUUCA